AUGAACGCGCCGCUGCAUCUCCACCAGACGCAGUCAUUCUGCCGGACGCGAAAGAGCUCCGACCAGUUGCUGUCAUCCGCCUCCACCACGAAGCUCCAAUCGUUGCAGUCGUCGCCGACACACUCCGGCAAUAGUUCACGGCCGUCGGGAACCCGUCGUCAGACGUGGCAAUGCCCGCAUAGGUCGCAGUGGCGGGAAGCUCCAACACGAAAGAAAACAUCGCUCCGGCCAUGGACGCAGGACGUCGCGACCGGAGAUAGCUGGUCGACGGCGGCGACGUUGCCGGUGUCGGUGAUGACGGAGGAGCUCGACAUGUUUUUGUACGGUGGCGAGGGCGGUGGCGGAAUGCUGAUGGCGAGCUGA